GCCAAUGGCCUGAUCCAUCACCUGACCGCUCUUUGAAUAUUGAUGCUGCCUCCGCCGCCACGGUCGGCCCGCCCUCCCCGUGUUGUUGUUGUGUGACAUUGUCUGACUGGGACCUUCGCCCCAGUAGAGGAUCUUCUGGAACCAGCCCCUGAGCGACCAGACAUGUCUUCGCUGCUGAAGCCGUUCGCGGUGUGCGAGGGGCCGUGCGAGAGCAGCGGGGGUGUCAGGAGAGGAUGCCCGAGUCCGGCUCCGCAUCAGCAGCCUCCAUUCCAGCGUCUGAGCGCCGCGGCGGGGCCGGGCGGCUCUCUGCCGGCCCACCAGCGCCCGUACCCGGACAGGAGGAACCUGGCGGCGGCUGCGGUCGGGGGGAGGAAAAUUACGCAUCCCGGGAAGGCUAUUCUUGCAGGUGGCAUCGCAGGAGGGAUCGAGAUCUGCAUCACCUUCCCUACAGAGUACGUCAAGACCCAGCUGCAGCUAGACGAGAGAGCCAACCCGCCGCGAUACCGAGGGAUAGGGGACUGUGUGAAGUUGACAGUGCAGGAUCAUGGACUCCGAGGGUUGUACAGAGGACUCAGCUCGCUGCUCUAUGGAUCAAUACCAAAGUCUGCUGUGAGGUUUGGCACAUUUGAGAUGCUCAGCAACCCGAUGCGAGACGCCACAGGUCGGCUGGAUAACACGCGGAGCCUCUUGUGUGGGUUAGGUGCAGGGAUAGCAGAGGCCAUCGUGGUCGUCUGUCCCAUGGAGACACUCAAGGUUAAGCUGAUCCACGACCAGUGUUCCCUCAGACCUCGUUACAGAGGCUUCUUCCAUGGCGUCAGCGAGAUUAUUAGAGAACAGGGUGUGCGGGGGACGUAUCAAGGUCUGACAGCGACAGUGCUGAAACAAGGAAGCAAUCAGGCCAUUCGGUUCUAUGUGAUGAAUGCGCUACGAAAUUGGUACAAAGGGGAUGAUCCCAGGCGAGAUAUGCACCCGAUUGUCACAGCGAUGUUCGGCGCAACGGCUGGAGCCGCCAGUGUUUUUGGAAAUACACCUCUGGAUGUGGUGAAGACCAGGAUGCAGGGUUUGGAGGCUCACCGCUACAAAAACACAGUGGACUGUGCCUUCCAGAUCUUGAAGCACGAAGGACCACAAGCAUUCUACAAAGGGACAGUCCCCAGGCUUGGCCGUGUGUGCUUGGACGUGGCCAUAGUGUUUGUCAUCUACGAGGAGGUGGUCAAACUACUCAACAACAUGUGGAAGACCCAGUAGACCGACCGCUCAGUGGCAGAGGUUCAGAGGGAAGCACGGAGCAGUGCAUCAUGCUACGCACAACUGAACACCUCUACUCUAGUUCAUACUAGCUCACUGCAUUCGCCGAGAACAGAUGACACUUCAUCUUGAGCAGCUUCCACUCAUAAAUCAAUUCAUUUUGCAGGACCUAUCUACAAUCGGUGAUAAUAAAGAAGGGAGACUGUCUAGUUGCAGGAUAAACAGCUCAGUUUUGCAUUUCUCUUUGUCUCUAGUGGUCAGAUUUGGGAAUAGAGAGGGAUCACCUUGUUUUGAAGGAGACAGGAAAGGGAAAGAAGGAAAUGAAGUAGGUGAUGAGUUAUUCUCUGCACCUGACCAAAUUGUAGACUCAGUUUGUUGAGUCGUAUUACAAGAAAAACAACCUUAGAGUAUUUAGAGAAGCAGCACAAAAUUACUUGAGUAGAUUUCAAGAGGCAUUCGUUUUUUUGAAUUGUUUUAGCUUUCUAUGACUGUUGUUACUGUACAUGUUGUAGAGUGACCACUUUGUACUGAAACCAUAAAUGUGUCUUCUGAUUCACUAAGUACUUACUACUUAAUACUGAGGGAAGAGCUGGGAUGCUACCGGACACUGAACGAGCCUGCUGCAGAACGUUAAAAUGUCUGUGCAGUUCCUCAACACAUCUCGGUGUUGGAAUCGCUUACUUGACCGUGAUUGUGGCAUCAUUGUACUUUAGUACUCACAGUAUUUUUGUCGCUGUGUCUUGGUGAUGAAGUGUAGAUACUGUUCAUUUGCGCAUUUUAUGGCUGCUGCUGACAAACAAGAGUAUGGCUGCAUGAAAAUUGAUGCUGCAUCCGUCCUGUUACACACUGGCAGUGGCUCACAGGCUUGUUGACACGACACAAACUGGUCUGGAGUCAGUAACUCUCCUGAGUUUCAACCAAACAUGACUCAACAUUAAAGCAUAUUGUUGGGAUGCAAAAAUCAUAUGUAGCAAAAAUAUUCACACGCAGUCUUAAUAGUAGGAGGUAAGAGUCAGUUUUUGAACUCGUCCACAUCCUGGAAAAAUGACUAAAUUCUAAACAUCAAUUAAGUUACUGAAGUUUUCAGUAGGUGGUGUGAUCUCUACAAAUGAAUAUUUGUACUGUUUUAUUUUGGAAUAUAUAACUAUUCAUAUUUAUUCAUAUUCAGUCAGGCUGACUCUUUUGUAUUUCCAACCAUGUGCUGGUGUGCUGCCGGAAAUUUACAAGUGGAUCCACUUAACCCCAACCCUUCUCCACACGAGAUAACAAGAUGGGAAAAUGUCCGACUGAGUAAGCCAUACGACUCCGACACGCUUGAGCCUUCAGUUGUUUUCUUGCGCUUAUUGUUUAAAACAUCAGACUGUCCUUUAGUCAAGAUUUACGUCACUUGAGUAUCUUUUGUUUACAUCAAGCUAAAAUAAGUAUUUUGUACGCUAACUGAUGAAAUUGUUCAUUAGCCAUCUUUGAAUGCACUUAUUCUUGUCUAACAUAGUGUUUACAUGCAUUGAACCCCAGCAGGGGGAACUGAGAUGUGUCAGAGGCUUGAUAGCAAAGCAAGGAUUUUAGUGAGGCUUUUUGUUGACCUAGUUGAAUUACACAGCCUCGCACUGAAGCCUUUUAUUGCUCUUUGCCAAACUACUUCUAAAAUAUCUCGCUGCCACUUUGGUUUUAUUAACCAAAGCACAUUUUUUUUUACAGUGUUACAAACUUUGUGCUUCUGCUUUACUGCUUUGUAUAAGCAGGUUAACACCAUGUGGACCUCUUUAUACAGCAUAUUCAUACUGUGUAGUCAUUGCCAUUUCAGAAGAUCCUGUCAGGGAUAUUGAAUGAUUUGAGUUGAAGGAAAACAAACAUGUUGGCAAGACAUCAAUAAAGAAUAUUGUUAAAAAAAA